CCCUCCUGCUCAGUAGGGCAAAACCAGAGAACUGACUGGACCUGGUUAGCUGGUUUCUGUAAUAACCGGAGGGCACCAUCAGCUGUGCAGCAAAUAUUCAGCUGCACUCUCACCAAUUUUCAGCGCAUAGUUUUUCUUGCUGGAGAAGGAAAAAAAGCAACAUGGAUUCAUUAGGACCUGUUUAAACUCAUCCAGGAAACUGAGUUCCUGCCUCUCAAAUGAUCUCAUUGCAACAUCAGAUACGGCCAGUGUGUCCCCAGGAAACCAGAUAAAUAAAGAACUGAAAUAAAAGGACCUCCAACACCGCCCUUGUGCAGAAAAGAACUCAACCCUGGCCAUGAGUUUUAAUCUGGCCUCACCGAAAACACAGUUUCUCCCCUUCCUGUCAUGGCAACCAUCGUAUCCGAAAAACUCAGCCACCUCUUCAUCAACAUCCAGCACUUGUGCAAAAUCCCUCGACUUCUGGCAGAGGCGUUGCCUGCUCCGUCCUCCACAGUGGGAGCCUCCGACGUGCCCCAGCUUUUCCGGAAGCCCUACAUCCACGCCGGCUACCGACCCCUCCACCAGAGCUGGACCUUCUACUUCCUGUCCCUGUUCCAGCAGCACAACGAAGCCCUCAAUGUCUGGACCCACCUGCUGGCAGCUUUCAUUCUGCUGGGGAAGUUCUGGCAACUCUCCCAGACAGUUGAUUUUGUGGGGGACCCGCAUGCCCAGCCCCUCUUUGUCUUGGCUGUGUCUUCCAUCAUCUACUCAACCUUCAGCACCUCGGCUCACCUCUUGCAAGCCAAGUCGGAGUUCUGCCACUAUACUUUCUUCUUUUUGGACUACGUGGGGGUUGCCACGUACCAGUAUGGUAGCGCUUUAGUGCAUUACUACUAUGCCAUUGAGCCAGAAUGGCACGCCUGGAUUGCCAGUUUCUACAUUCCCAGUGCUGUGGUGUUGGCUUGGUUGUCGUGUGCUGGUUCCUGCUAUGCCAAAUACCGAUGCCCGCACCUCUCUUCUCUGCAGGGCAGGCUCUGCCAGGAAAUGCCCUCGGCAGUGGCCUACGCCUUAGACAUCAGCCCUGUGCUCCACCGUAUUUAUACCUCCACCAUCUCUGGGCAAAGCGAUUUGGCUGUUUCCUACCAUAAGUGCCACGUUCUGUGUUUUCUGGUUGCAGCCUUUUUUUUCGCCUACCCCUACCCAGAGAAGUGGUUUCCCGGGAAGUGUCACUUUGUUGGACAAGGCCACCAGAUCUUCCACAUGUUCCUCAUACUUUGUACCUUCACCCAGGUGGAGGCCGUGCUUCUAGACUACCGAACUAGGCGGCCCAUCUAUUCUCAGCUGCAUGGCAGCCUGGCUCCCUUUUUUUCCGCUCUGUGCCUUUUCCUGAUGGCUUGCUGUAGCCUCACGGCCGUCUACAUGACUGUGAAAGUCAAACGCAAAAUCUGGCAGAAGCGGGAGUGAGCAAGGGGACGCAGGCUGGUGGGGACCUAUCUCCAGCUUCCUCUUUAGUUACACUUGCUUGGUAACAACUGGGUAUGUCUGUCCUGCUGUCAUUUAGGAAACUGAAUAGGAUGGAUAGCUAUUGCUGGGGUGUUCCCCUCCUCCUGCAAUGAAUAUGUUGCUUGUGUGUUGCUCUGUCCAGGCAGCUGAGAUGGUAAGUUGGAGGUUGCAUCAGAAAGGAAGUGGCAGAACUGUUUGGGGAAAGGAAUUCUUGUUUCGUUUCUUGGAGGGUGUAACUAUGCUGUCUCCAAUUCAAGGGAGAACACAUUGUUGGUAUGCUUCUCAGAAGCUACAUUCCUCUUUCUUGCAUACUUCUGAAUCAGAGCGUGGCAGCCUUCGGGGUGUCAGGAAUCGACUUCAGUAUUGUAAGAGCUCCACCAAUGGGACCCUGGUGCCAGAGGCAUCUGUUUAGGAUCCUGAGGCCAGAAAUUGGUUCUGAAUACCAAAACUAGAUGGAGCAGCCCAACGUUCAUCCGGGGGUUCCCUAAACUUCCUUCAUUUCCGCAGCGCUGGACAGGUAAUGGGUGGAAGGGUUACCUUCACUGCUGCCCUUAAAACAUGGCAGCCAGCCGUCCUUGCCAGUUGGCUGUGAGCCACACCGAGAGCUCCUAAUACUUCCAGAUACACUUUUUGUCCGUUCCUGUUUUGGAUGGCGGAAGAGCUUCAGGAGAAGAAGUUGGAGGAACAGACUUUCUAGCCUCUAUCUGGGGUAAAGCUGCCCUUGCUCUGUGCUGCAUUGGUCUUGUGGAUUUGUUUUUCCCCCAGCCCCUUUGCGCUAUGCAGCCACAGCCUCACAAUUCUGUGCCCUGCUUCAGGGAACUCGUGCAGAACUGGUGCCUUCACGGAUUGCCUUCUGCAAUAUCCAGACAAAAGCAUCCUUGCUUCUUCUGGGAAAGCGUCUUGCACUUCUUCUUGUCUUUGGAAACAGUGAUCCAGGCCUUGGGAAACCUGCCAGGUGGAUGUGCCUUCAGAAGAGCAUCCGUCUAUCCAAAUCUUUGUAUAUGGGGUGACAUUACUUAUGUUAUUUUUACUGCAGCGGUAAGCUUGUUUUGAGAGGAUAACCUGGGUCAAAGCUGCCCGUAUGUGGGUCAAAUUGGGGCUUGAGAAGGGGGAAGAGCUGGGUUUUGAUGGCUGGUUUUUCCAGAGGGAAGUCCAUGCAACGAUAAUGGGUUGAGCUAAAAGACUCUAAAGCAGGGCUCUGGAGUUCCCCAAAAAUUAUCCAAGGGUUCCUUAUACCAAAUUUAAUUGUCUAUCCAUUUGCUACCCAGUCUCAUCUCCUCUGGUGUUUUACAUGGAGAUGGGGCUUCCCUGCCCUCUGCAACCUGCCCUUUUUAACUGGCAAUGCCAAGGAUUGAGCCCAGCACUUCUCCCAUGGCAAACAUUUGUGAUGCCACCAAGCUGUAGUCCCUGGGCUAGAAGAUCUCCAAGUUCCUCCCAACUCUAGGAUGCUCAGCUAGAUUGCACUCUGUGAAAUUCUGCACCAGGCAUCAUUUUAUUGGGCCUCUCUUCCACGAGUAUAUGCUCAACCCUGUUCUAAAACCCCAUCUGCAUUCACGGCUGUUGCCGUACUGCAGUGUUGCUCAAGCUUGGCAAGUUUAAGAUACGGGCUGGCUGGGGAAUUCUGGGAACUGAAGUCCAACCAUCUUAAGCUUGCCAAAGUUGAGAACCACUGCCAUAUUGUAUGCCAAAGAGUGCCAGAUGCAUUUUUUGAAGACACGUUCCUCUCAUCUUUUGGACGCUUCCAAACUCCAGUGCAUUCUUACCCAGAGUGUGUGAGGCUGCAGCUUCAGUUUGCCAAAUACACGUCCUGUUUUUCUCAGGAGGGUUGAAAUUGAAAUCACUCAACCGAGUCAGUAGAGAAAUACUUGGGGACACUUUGCAAUGGGUUGGAUCUGGAUGAAGUCUGUUUACUUCAGCUGCAAUCCUGCACACAUUGAUAGGGACUCAGCCGUGCUAAAUUCCGUGGGGCUUUCUUCUGCGUAAACGAGCGUGGGAUCUAGCUUUGUCAUGAGUGUCUUUUACCCUGUUUUCAGGGGAGCUUAAUGGCAGUUCACGUGGUCCAGAUCCAAACAGCGACUAGUUACAUUAGUGUUCCUCAAACUUAUGGGAAUUACUGAAGCUGAAGCCCAGCGCCCGUGGGAGGACUAGCGGAGGGCAAGUGCAGGCUGAGACAUGGUGUGGACAACUUUUCCAGCAUCAGGACCCGUCCUGGGUUUUCUAAACAGAGCAAUUUGACGUGGUUUGACCUUUGCAAAAUGCUUGCAUGGUUCAAUAUUUAGACCAGACGUGGUCACACCUCUGUUUCUUGGCAGACCUCACAGCCUGCUUUGUGUCCAAAAUUGGGAGUGCAGAUUGCCAGAGGUGGGGGGGCAACUCCCCACCACCACCAUUAAUCUAAGGCCAAAGGUAGGCUUAAGGGAGGGUCAAAACCAAAUGUAUAGAUUCUAAGGGGAAGAAGCAAAUAUCUGGGUCACCCCAUCUGUCGAAUACCAGACCCACUUCUGGGAUUGCUCCCAAGUGUUCUUAGCUUUUUCUGUCUUCCGAAAAAUGCAGCCAUCUCUGUUGGAGAUACGUUGAGUCAGUUAGAAAAUGGGUUAGGUUUAUCCUUCCAACAUCAACAAUAAGGAGCUUUAUGCUGCCUUCUGUUCCUUGAGUUCAAUGAUCUGGAGACACGAUAACGAAAAAGCACAGGUUUCAGUCUCCUUAUGAAUUCAGGUUUCGGGGAAAGAUGAUCUUAACUGAUAUCCUGAAGUGGCUGUAAGACUUGUGUAAAGAAAUCAAUGAGAAAAUGGAAUGGCAGGGAGAAAAGCGGCGGGGGGGGGAGCUUUUCCUGCCAGACUAGUUUUUCCCAGGCUGUAAACCUUUUCUUGACCCCUCCACCCAACCCCCCUCCCUAUCAGAAUUAUAAAGUUGCCUAGCUCAAACAUUUUGGACUGGAUUAUAUUUAUGGAUCUGUACAUUUGGCCCAAAUCUUUCUACCAAUUGCCCUAGAUGUUUAAAGAUGGUUUUCAGUCACUCUGCAGAAUUUUUGUAGAAAGGAAGUCUGGAUACGUGUGUGUGUUUCUUGUCUCUCCUACCUUUUGUACACGUUAGAGGACCUUGACGCCUCCACUUGUUUCUAUUAAAAAAAAGGAAAAAAAACUUUUUAUAAGCCA